CCUGGCGGCUACAUUGUAUGUUUCUGUGUGCUCGUCCUUCUUGUUGUACAGGGCAGACUGUCGACGUGUAAACACACAUGGCUAUGAAAAUUAUAUUAUACAGGUACCUGUCUAGCAACUUGAAAAUGGUUGAAUAUAAGACGGAUGAGAAAGAGGCCCAUUCUAAUGCUAAAGACGAGGAUUCCAUGAUAGAUGAUAGCUCUGGAAACUUGGAAAAUGUUAAAUCGCUGCCGGAUAAAAAACAAGUCGACAUUGAAGCCAAUGAUUCUGAUGAUAUGACAGAUUUGAACACGGCUGCUAGCUCUGGAAACUUAGAGAAUGUUAAAUCGCUGCUGGAUAAAAAACAGGCCGAUAUUGAAGCCAAUGAUUCUGAUGAUAUGACAGAUUUGAACACGGCUGCUAGCUCUGGAAACUUAGAGAAUGUUAAAUCGCUGCCGGAUAAAAAACAGGCCGAUAUUGAAGCCAAUGAUUCUGAUGAUAUGACAGAUUUGAACACGGCUGCUAGCUCUGGAAACUUAGAGAAUGUUAAAUCGCUGCCGGAUAAAAAACAGGCCGAUAUUGAAGCCAAUGAUUCUGAUGAUAUGACAGAUUUGAACACGGCUGCUAGCUCUGGAAACUUAGAGAAUGUUAAAUCGCUGCCGGAUAAAAAACAGGCCGAUAUUGAAGCCAAUGAUUCUGAUGAUAUGACAGAUUUGAACACGGCUGCUAGCUCUGGAAACUUAGAGAAUGUUAAAUCGCUGCCGGAUAAAAAACAGGCCGAUAUUGAAGCCAAUGAUUCUGAUGAUAUGACAGAUUUGAACACGGCUGCUAGCUCUGGAAACUUAGAGAAUGUUAAAUCGCUGCCGGAUAAAAAACAGGCCGAUAUUGAAGCCAAUGAUUCUGAUGAUAUGACAGAUUUGAACACGGCUGCUAGCUCUGGAAACUUAGAGAAUGUUAAAUCGCUGCCGGAUAAAAAACAGGCCGAUAUUGAAGCCAAUGAUUCUGAUGAUAUGACAGAUUUGAACACGGCUGCUAGCUCUGGAAACUUAGAGAAUGUUAAAUCGCUGCCGGAUAAAAAACAGGCCGAUAUUGAAGCCAAUGAUUCUGAUGAUAUGACAGAUUUGAACACGGCUGCUAGCUCUGGAAACUUAGAGAAUGUUAAAUCGCUGCCGGAUAAAAAACAGGCCGAUAUUGAAGCCAAUGAUUCUGAUGAUAUGACAGAUUUGAACACGGCUGCUAGCUCUGGAAACUUAGAGAAUGUUAAAUCGCUGCCGGAUAAAAAACAGGCCGAUAUUGAAGCCAAUGAUUCUGAUGAUAUGACAGAUUUGAACACGGCUGCUAGCUCUGGAAACUUAGAGAAUGUUAAAUCGCUGCCGGAUAAAAAACAGGCCGAUAUUGAAGCCAAUGAUUCUGAUGAUAUGACAGAUUUGAACACGGCUGCUAGCUCUGGAAACUUGAAGAAUGUUAAAUCGCUGCUGAAUAAAAAACAAGUCGACAUUGAAGCCAAUGAUUCUGAUGAUAUGACAGAUUUGAACACGGCUGCUAGCUCUGGAAACUUAGAGAAUGUUAAAUCGCUGCCGGAUAAAAAACAGGCCGAUAUUGAAGCCAAUGAUUCUGAUGAUAUGACAGAUUUGAACACGGCUGCUAGCUCUGGAAACUUAGAGAAUGUUAAAUCGCUGCCGGAUAAAAAACAGGCCGAUAUUGAAGCCAAUGAUUCUGAUGAUAUGACAGAUUUGAACACGGCUGCUAGCUCUGGAAACUUGGAGAAUGUAAAAUCGCUGCUGGAUAAAAACCAGGCCGAUAUUGAAGCCAAUGAUCCUGAUGAUAUUGCAGAUUUGGACAUGGUUGCUAGCUCUGACGGCACGGAGACAGAUGAACUUUCGUUGGCCGAUGUUGAAAUUAAAAACAAUGACGGCAUGACAGUUUUGCUCUUGGCUGCUCUUUCUGGUAACUUGGAGAUAGUUCGAUUUCUGCUAAACGAAGGAAAGGCCGAUUUUAAUGCUACAGACAACAGUGGCAUGACAAUUCUGCACGCUGCUGCUGCCUCUGGUAACUUGGAAAUGGUGAAAUUUCUGGUGAACGAGAGAGGGGCCGACUUUGAAGCUACGGAUCAUGAUAGCAUGACAGUUUUGCACACGGCUGCUGGCGCUCAUGAGUGGGACAUAGUUAAAUUUCUGAUAAACGAGAAAGGGGCCGAUUUUAAUGCACGCGACAACAAUGGCAGAACAAUUUUGCACGAGGCUGCUGGUUCUGGUGAAUUGGAGAUGGUCAAAUUUCUGAUCAAUGAUAAAAAGGUCGAUUUCAACGCCAAAGACAAUAACGGCAUAACGAUUUUGCACAUGGCUGCCGUUUCUGAUAACAUGGAGCUGAUUAGAUUUCUAAUCAACGAGAUAGGGGCCGAUUUUAAUCCUAAAGAGAGUUUCGCCAUGGCAUUUUUGCACACGGCUGCGAACUUCGGUAACUUGGAGACGGUGAAAUUCCUGGUGGAUGAAAAGAAGGUCGACGCUGGAGCUAGAAACGUUGACGGCAUGACGGUUCUGCACACGGCCGCCAAUGCUCAUCAGUGGGAUAUAGUUAAAUUUCUGAUCAAUGAGAAAAACGUCGAUUUUAAUGCACGCGACGACAACGGCAGAACAAUUUUGCACACCGCUGCUGCAUUCGGUAAUUUGGAGAUAAUUGAAUUUCUGAUAGACGAGAAAGAGGCCGAUUUCAAUGCUAAAGACAACGAUGGCAUAACGAUUUUGCAUAUGGCUGCUGUUUCCGGUAACUUGGAGGUAGUGAAAUUUCUGAUAAAUGAGAAAAAUGUCGAUUUCAACGGUAAAGAGAAUUGCACAUUGUCAGUUUUGGACACGGCUGCGACCUUCGAUAAUUUAGAGACCGUGAAAUUUCUGGUGGAUGAGAAAGUGGUCGAUUUUAAAUCUAGAAACAUCGAUGGCUCCACGGUUUUGCACACGGCUGCUAUCAGCGGUAACUUGAACGUAGUUAAGUUUCUGAUAAACGAGAAAGGGGCCGAUUUUAAUGUCACGGACGAUGAUGGCGUAACUGUUUUGCAUAUGGCUGCUGUUUCUGGUAACAUGGAGGUCGUUAAAUUUCUGAUCGAUGAAAAGAAGGCCGAUUUAAAUGUUACAGACAAUAAUGGCUUGACAGUUCUACACUCGGCUGUCACCUUUGGUAACUUGGACAUAAUUAAAUUUCUGGUCGACGAGAAGAAGUUCGAUAUUGAAGUCAAAGACAAGACUUCCAAGACAAUUUUGCACACGGCUGUUGUCAGCGGUAACUUGGAAGUAGUUCAAUUUCUGAUCGAUGAAAAAGGGGUCGAUUUCAAUGCCAAAGACGACGAUGGCGUAACAGUUGUGCACAUGGCCGCUGUAUGCGGUGCCUUCGAGAUAGUCAGAUUUCUGGUGAACGAGAAAGAAGUCGAUAUUAAUGCUGUCGACUGUAAUGGCUUGACAGUUUUGCACGCGGCUGUUACCUCCGAUAAUUUGGACAUGGUUAAAUUUCUGGUGAACGAAAAAGGGGCUGAUUUCGAAGCUAGAAACUAUAACGGCAUGACAGCUUUGCACACGGCCGCCAACUGUACUCACUGGACGAUAGCUAAAUUUCUGAUAGAUAAGGGGGCCGAUUUUAAUGCCAAAGACAAGAAUGACACGACUAUUUUGCACACAGCCGCUACCUUUGGUAACUUAGAAAUGCUGAAAUUUCUGGUGGAUGAGAAAAUGGUCGAUGUGAAUGCUAAAGACAGUAACGGCAUGACGGUCUUGCACAUGGCGGCGUCCUCUGAUAACUUGGAGAUAGUGAAAUUUCUGACAAACGGGAGGGCCGACAUUAAUGCUAAAGAUUCGAUCGGCAUGACAGUUUUACACGCGGCUGCUGCCUCCGGUAACUUGGACAUUGUUAAAUUUCUGGUGAACGAGAAACGGGUCGAUGUCAACGCCAAAGACAACGACGGUAUUACAGUUUUGCACAUGGCUGCCGUUGUGCACGGCAACUUGAGCGUGGUUAAAUAUCUGAUAAAUAAGAAGAAGGCUAAUUUUAAGGCUAAAGACAACAGCGGCAUGACAGUUUUGCACUCGGCUGCUAGCUCUGGUAACAUGGAGGUGGUUAAAUUUCUGGUAAACGAAAAAGGGGCCGAUGUUAAUGCCAAAGACAAGGAGGGCAGAACUGUUUUGUACUUGGCUACUUUCUGUCGUAACUCGGACAUGGUUAAGUUCCUGUUGAAUGAGAAAAAUGUCGAUUUUAACGCUAAGGACAAUAAUGGCAGGACAAUUUUGAACGUGGCUGAUUUACGUGGUUGCCGUCAUAUGUUUGAAUUCGUGGAAAAAAGGAAAAUUUACGCCCCCCGGAAGAAACGGAGGAAGAAGAAAGGGCGUGGUAAGAACAGUGGUACGUGAGAAGGAAGCAGGUUCGGGCGAACAAAAUGUUUUAAAAACGAAAAAAUGGUACGGAGUAGGAAAAUACGAAUUUUUUCAAUAUGGCUGUGAUUAGAACGAACAAAUUAUUGAGUAUGUUUUAAGCGAUAUAUUAUAUAGAGAGUGUAUUCGGUCAGAAUAAUAUCAUCGCUUAUCUUUUCAAAAAUCUGCGAAAGAAGUGUUUUGUACAGAAAUUAAGUAUUGUUCAAUGAUCUUGACUUUCCAAGAUCGAUUUCACAAUUUUGUAACUCAGUGGAAUUCUUCAAUUUACUAUACCAUUAUCUCUAGAUGACUUUUUUUAAAUUCAGAAACUCAGAUACGAUCAAGACAGACCGUAUUAUUGUUGUAUUGUUACAUUUGACAAAUUGUUUUAAUAGUUUUUAUUAUGAAUAUAUAAGUAUCGAACAAUUUUCUUUA